CUGUGAGUUUAUGUUUCCAAGCCAACAGAAGUCUCUACAUGAAAGCACUUCCUUGUUUGCCCACAAGACGUCUUGAGGACCACCUCAGUGCAUUUCUGCAUUCUUAACCUCUUACCGGACAAACCUGAAGCUGCAGGCGACUGAAGAGGAUCCACAGAGACUGUGCUGAGGUGCUGAGGUGCUAAUGGCCGCAGAUGCAGUGCAGGAGCUCAGGCAACAGUGCCUCAAGAGAGGCGCGGCGGGAAUCAAGGGUCUUGGAAGGACGUUUCGCAUAAUGGAUGAUGAUGGCAGUAAAUCUCUAAACUUCCAGGAGUUUGAGAAGGGGCUGGAAAACUACGGCGUGUCUGUGGAGAAGGACAAAGCACAGCAGAUGUUUGCCAUGAUGGACAAGGAUGGAAGCGGCACUAUCAACUUUGAUGAGUUUCUUGAGAAAUUAAGGCCUCCCAUGUCGAGCGCACGUAGACAGGUGAUCGAUCAGGCUUUUCUGAAGUUUGAUAAGACAGGAGACGGUGUUGUGACCAUAGAAGAUCUACAGGGUGUCUACAACAGCAAGCAUCACCCCAAAUACAAGAGCGGAGAGUGGACAGAAGAACAAGUCUUCCGCUCUUUCCUGGAAAACUUCGACUCUCCGUAUGACAAAGAUGGAAAGGUGACUCUGGAGGAGUUUGUGAACUAUUACAGCGGAGUCAGUGCUUCUGUCGACAGCGAUGAGUAUUUCAUCACCAUGAUGAAGAACGCAUGGAAGCUGUAGUCAGCAUCAUCAUUCGAUAUAUGACUCAAAUGGUGUAGAUUGCACAAUAUUUACUUGUUGAAAACGUGUCUAAUUAAACAUCUUUGAUUUCCACAUCCUGCUUUAAUGUUUCACACACGGCUUGUUCCCAGAAGACGAAAUGAACGCAUGUGAACGGCGUGACAGCUGUCAAAAAGACAUCAGCUUCAGAAGAGCUUUUUUGAGUUCUCUGACAAACACUCCUCAAUCACUUGAUAAAUCGCAGCAGCUGUUUAGGCUGUAAACUGGUGCUUCUAUUAAUUCGAUGCAGUUUUUGUGCUGUAGAGUCUGUGUUUGCUGCGCCAUCUGCUGAAUCAUUCACAACAUUACACGUCCUAUUCACAUGAACCAAAAAUGACUAACAAUCUCAAGUUUGGGACAGUAAGAUUUUUCUUAAAACAUUUAUUCAUUAAGGACGCAAUAAGUUGAUCAAAAGUGACAGUAAAGACGUUAUGUUACAAAAGGUUUCUAUUUCAAAUAAAUGCUGUUCUUUUGAACUUUCUAUUCAAAGAAGAAUCAUCAAAGAAUCCUGAAAAAUAAAAUGUAGCAGUUUUCACAGAAAUAUGAAGCAGCACAACUGUUUUCAACAUUGAUAAUAAUCAGAAAUAUUUCUUGAGCAGCAAAUCAGCAUAUUAGAAUGAUUUCUGAAGGAUCAUGUGACACUGAAGACUGGAGUAACGAUGCUGAAAAUUCAGCUGCGCAUCACAGGAAUAAAUUACAUUGUAAAAUAUACUCGAGUGAAAAGGUUAUUUUAAAUUCUAAUAAUAUUUCACUGUUUUUACUGUAUUUUUGAUAAAAUAAAUGCAGCACUGGUGAACAGAAGAGACUAAUUCCAAAAACAUUCAGAUUCAUCCACAAUUAACAAAUGCAAGAAAAUCAAUGGAUAAUUCCUGGUGAGAAACUGAAGUAGAGGCCCACAUUUUGACAUAAGACAAAAUUUUAUUUCAAAUGUUUCAUCUUUUUUUAACUUUGAUAUUACUAUUUAUUUUGUAAAGGAGUUCGGAGACAUGGUGUGCUAGUAAGUGAUAAUAUACGCAUAGAAAUUUACAGAACAUUCAAGGGUACAAGUUUUUUUUGUCCUUUUUUUUUCCUGUGUCUAAAUGCACUCAAACUUCCAACACACGAAGAAAAUCUUCAUUUCUGACAAAUCGUCUCCAAACAACAUGAAAAUGGAUAAAAAGUUAAUAUAGUAAAUCAAUGUUUUAAAAAAAGGCCAACACAAUACAAACCCUCAGAAUAUGGAAAAUAAAAACAAAUACCGAGAUGCUGCUUUAAAUGUUAAAUUCUCAUUAGAUGAACUUAAGAAAAACAAAUUAAACAUUAUCUGCCCCUAAACGAAGCUACACAACUCAGUUUAAUGUUUCAAGAGACGUUGGGGUGAAGAUAUUUUUCUCUUUUACAGGGGGCGGAUCUAGAAACAGAUUCACUACAGCACGAAUCCGUGUGCCCAUUAAGUCCUUUAUUCGUUAACACCAAUGAGAAAUCUAACUAUCAUCUUAGCAGACUAGUAAGAGUGUCAGCUUGUCCUAGAAAGUGAGUAUAUCCAGGAGACGCUCGGUGAAGCUGGCAGAAAUCAGCUGGGAAAAAUGGUACAACUAUACGGAACACAGCAGAGGUCAGGUGACCGUGUAGCUUCCGGCCAGCUGAUUGGCUGAUAAGCGCGAUGAUGCGGCGAGGUUGCGUUGAAGCCGAGAGCCAAUGAAAAGAGAAAGAGAUAGAGAGACAUAGAGAGAGAAUGAGUAAAAAAACGGUCCCACGGUAGAAACUGCAGUCUUGAUGAGCCACGUCUUAAACGGAGAGAGAAACACCCUCACGCUCAUCAAUAUGAUGAGCGACCAAGUCCGAAGCCAUACAUGGAAAAGUCUCUUUUUUUUUUUUCUUUUUUGUUGUCUUUUUAAUUUGUUUGUUUAUUUGCAGUCCAAGAGGAAAAAAAAACAACAACUAAAAACAAACAAAAUGAUAAAAAAAAAACAA